AUGGAGCCAGUUGGUGCUGCUUCCAAAACGUCGACAAACGACGCGGUUAAAAGGCGCGCAUGUGCUAACUGCACUGCUGCGAAAACCAAAUGUGCACGACGUGCCGGUGACCGCCACUGCGAAAGAUGCAGUCGCCUUGGAAAACAUUGCAUCUAUUUCGAUCUGCCUCAGACAAGGCGCAAGCAACGGAUGACCAGACGGCUCGAAGGACUUGAGUCCAGGUUUGAUGGCCUUGUAGCACAGCUGUCUGCGCCUCCUAAGGAAGGCAGCAGCAGCAGUUUCACAGAUGACGCGAUUUCAUCGCCGAGCUUCAGGCCAGUUGACCGACCGGUCCCAAGUUCUGCUCUUCCUCUACCUGCAGCGGAUCGUUCGGGACCUUUGCAGUCAACUUCCUGGACAUCGGCAAUCCCUCCACCACAUAUAGGAAUACCUAUGUUCACAACUGGCGUUUCUAGCGGCUACGUCGACAUUCUUAGUCGAGGCAUCCUGACCGAAGAGCGUGCAGAGGUGUUACUGGCGGACUUUAGGCUUCACCACACACCUCUAUUCCCAUUUGUUGUCCUGAGCUCCGAGACGACGGCAAGUAAAAUGCGCCAGGAAUCGCCUCUACUUUUUCUUGUGGCCAUAUCAAUUGCCCUCUGCACAGAACCACCGCUACAGAAGCUUCUCGGUGAGGAGUUUCAGGCUAUAAUUAGUUCGCAGCUCAUGAAGCAGGUUGACCGUAGCUUGGACGCUCUGCAAGCUCUUCUAGCUUUCACAGCUUGGAAUCAUUAUUUCACCGUGCCUCAAGGCCAUUCGCAGCUCUUUCUUCAGACACAGCUAUGCGUUACUUCAGUCUAUCAUCUGAAUCUCGACAUGGGGGGCGCGACAACCCCGACAGAGAUCCGCGCACUCCUAGGAACAUACUAUUUGUCAGCCUGCAUUGCUACUGGAAGUGUUUCUAGAGCGCUUCGAAGGUCGCAUGUAAUGAAGUACAGCAAGCGUAUAGAAGAGUACUGCGAUCGCCUUGCGACGGCUCAAGAAUACGAAACAGAUCGAUUGAUCAGGCCACUUGUGCUUUCGGAGUCACUUUGUUGCCGAGUUAGCGACACCUUUCGCUAUGACGACUUGGAUGCUAACAAUUCAAUACGUGGCAAUGCGGCCGUUCGCGCCAUGGUUGACGGUUUCCUGAACGAGCUAGAGCUUAUUAAGAUGCUCUCUGCAACAGAUACGAGUCUCACUGAGAUAGAGUUCAGCUACAUUCAAUCCUACAUACAAGAGGGGGCAUUCCACCACGAACUCUGGGAUACUGAAUCACUGCCGGCGGCCCAGGAUAAAGCGCAGUCCAGAAGAGCCCAUGGCGGUGAGCUACUUGUUUGCAGCCCCGUCAGAGCCACGAUGUUGUGGCGGAUGCUGGAUUCCAAUAAGACUUGCAUACGCCACUUUUUGGCCACAGCCGAGACGACAAUGCUUCGCAUGCCACAUACUGUGAUUUUGAGGCUUUGUUAUGUACUUGCCAACCUUAUCAGGCUCACAUUUACCAGUAUAGAUGGCUCUUCAAUGCCAUCAAAGUCGGAGGCAGCUUUUAUUUCUUCCCAGCAAUAUCUAUACAGGUCCAACAUUGCCCAUCCAAUUGCGCAGCCUAUAUCUGAAAGUGCCAACACUUUACACCUCAUCGAAGAGAUGGCUGCAAAAGUUGAAACAUGCUUAAAAUCUCCUUUCGCCGCUCUCGAUGGUAGCAAUGCCAUAGUAAAUGGCUUUGCAUUGAAGCUGAAGAGACUUUCCAGCGCAUACCGCAGCAAACUUCAGAGCACCAAUGCAGGCUUUUUCCCCUCGUCAGGUGGCACUGAACCUAUGGUUGACUGCCUUGAAAAUGGAAACUUAGGACUAGCCCGUCCUGUGCAGGUAGAUCAGCUUCAGACAAACAACCCUUUGGAUGGAAGACAGACUGAAACUACCUCGGAAAGGACAGCAGAUGCACAAUCGCACUUCUGGACGCUUCCCGAAGAGGCGCAAGCAUUUGACUUUGAUGAACGGGAGUGGGAGUCCAUUUUGGCAUCUUUCACUCUGCCAGUGUGA